AUGGAAAAGGAUCCUAAAGGGGAUUUCUCUAAAAGGUUGGAAGGUCCUCAACCUUGUGAAUUAUCGGAACUAAAGCCUGGCACGCAUAUAUUCAUUGUUUAUGGAGAUAACUUCUUUAAGACAGCUAGCUAUAAAAUUGAAGCAAUAGAUAUGCAAAAGAAAAAACAGUCUGUAGAUGAGCUUCUGAAACAAAGGGAUGGUAUCCAUUCGACCUUCACCAUGGUUAACCCAACCGUUAUUAUUGGAAGUGGUAGCAACUUAAGAAAUGGACCCGUUACAUCUAAUUCGUACGCGCAUCAAGAAAUUCACAAAAAUUCAAUAAUUCCGAAUAUUAGAAGUUGCAGUCCAGUAUAA